GAGAUCCAUCUGCCUCUCUCACCCGAGUAUGGGGAUUGAAGGCAUGCACCACCAUUUCCAGCAGCAAUUAAUAUUCAAGAUUUUAUUUUUAUUCUGGCCCAAAAGUAAAAAACAUAGAUAAAUCCACUGGAUUACUUUUAUGCUUUUACUCUUUAUGGUUGUUAAAAGUAUAGUCAUAGGAAUAAAUUAAACACAAGUCAUUUUCAACUACUAAGAAUUCUUUCCUUUUCAUAUUAUUUUGUGAGGUGUAUAGUUAGAUGCCACUUUGGUUUGUAAAUUCUGAGCUGUUGUAGUAAAAAUCCAUAGGAUAAUUUUUAAAACAACUACAGUAAGGAUUUGAGUUCUGUUAAGCCCUCUUGGUUACUCAUACCCAUUUCUCACACAUAUGGUGACUUAAGAGGAAAAUAUUUUCUUUGCUUACUGUCAAGGUUCCUUCAGUUUGUAACCUGACAUGAUUUAGGAUUGCUCAGAAUCUUGCUCAGAUAAUAACUUUUGAUCCAUAUUUUGCCUCCACCAUUGUAAUUCAAAGAUAUAUGAAAAUGGGAAUUAGAGAACAAUAUCAUCAAGAAAGAUCGACUACAGCUUAUAAUUAAAUCUAGAAGGAACCAAAACUUCAAAUAUUAUGGCCAUUUUGAAUGAAAUAUGUCUUAGUUUUCUACUGCUGUGAUAAAAUACCGUGACCAAGGCAAGAAUAAAGAGUUCCAUCAAGAAGGACCCUAUCAAGAAGAAAGAGUUCCUUGGGGGCUUACAGUUUCAGAGGGUGAAAGUCCAUGACCAUCAUGGCAGAGAGUAUGGCAGAAGCCAGGAAUCGUGCUGGAGAAGUACCUGAAAGCUUAUACCUUGAUCCAGGGGCAAGAGGCUAAUUAGGAAUGGAGGGGACUUUUGAAACCUCUAAGCAUACUCCCAAGUGACACCUUCUCCAACAAGGCCACACCUAAUCCUUCCCAAACAGUCCCCCAACUGGGGACCAAGUAUUCCAAUAUAUGAGCCUAUGGGACCAUUCUCGUUCUAACCACCAUAGACUGUGACUUCAUUGUGGAGUACAUUUUAGCAUGCUCAUGGCCUUAGGUUCUAUCUCCAUUACCACAAAAGAAGGGCUUUUCUUUGGGUGGUUAUUUACCGAGUAUUUACUCUAGUUAUUGAGAUUAACCAUUAAUCUUUGUUAACUUUGUAUAGUGCAGGUUAUCUACAGUACUUUCUUCUUAUUUGUGCCAUAUAAUAACACAAUUUUUUACAAAUUAUAUAUGCAUGAACAUGUAUUUAUAAUUAUUCAAAGACAUAUUGUUGAAAUUGAAGGAUGAAAAAUACCAUAUAGACAGUAAACAAAAGAGACUUUGGAGAAUAGCAAAGUCAACCACAAAGUUAAUUUUAAAGAUCAUUAAAACACCAUUAAAGAGAGCUAUCCUAGAUGAUAAAAAUGAGAAUCUAUUUGGGAAAAUAUCAACUUAAACAUAUAUGUAGCUAAAUAUAGUAAGUACCUCAAAGUAAAAGUCUUAGUUACUUUUUCUGUUGCUGUGAUAAAACACCCUGACCAAAGCGACUUAAGGGAUAAAGGAUUUAUUCUGGCUCACAGUUCAAGGGUGUCAUCAAUCCUCAGGGGUGUCCUGGAGCUUGCAGUAGCUAGUCACAUUGCAUUUACAGCAAGGAAGCAGAGAACAGUGAAUGUUUGCAUUCAUUCCACUUUUUCAUUUUUAUAUAGUCCAGGAUCCUAGUCAAAGGACUAAUGCUACCUACAGAGGUCAGGUCUUCCCACCUCAGUGACUCAAGAUCAUUCCCUAAAGACAUGCCCUUGGAUGCACAUGUCCCGGGUGAUUCCAGAUCUUAUCAAGGUAACAACUGAGAUCACCCAUCACAACAAAUGAAACAAAAUUCAACGCAAACAGUAUUUAAUUUUGAUUAAUUUGAUUGGGGGUAAAACAACAACAAUAUCUACAUCAUUACAUCAUUAAUGAGGCACACAUUUGGGUGUGUCUGUGAGGGUGUGUCCAGAGAUUUUUAACUGAGGAGAUAAGGCACACCCUAAAUAUGUUAGGAACAUUCCAUGGGGUGAGGUCCAAGACUGAAUAGGAAAAGAAGAAAGUGAGCUGAGCACCAGCAGACAUAUUCCUCUGCUCCUUGACUUUAGAUGCAAUGUGACCAGCCAUUCCAUGCUCUCACUGUCUUGUCUUCCCCAUCACAUUGAAUUGUAUUCCCUCAAAUGCUGAGUCAAAAUAAACUCUUUCUUCAAUAACUAUUUUCUACAGCAGUGGGAAAAGUAACUAAUUCAAUCACCAAGACUUAAAAACCAACUCUAGGUUCUGAGAUGGCUUGGUGUGUGGAACCAAAAUAAGACCAAAAUGCUUUCACCCUAAAACUAAGGCCUAAGAUUUCUCCUUUUAGGUACAGGCCAUGAGUUACUAAAACCAGUCAGUCAAGAUUCCAGAAACCAGGAAGUGUAAAAGUACAGAGUCACAAGGUAGUCACAAGGUAAUGACUGCCAAACUAUGGAAUGUCCUCUCCCUGGUUCCCUAGGUAACUGUUUGACCAAAGAAUGUUCCAACCCUGGUUUCCAGGGUAACUGACCAUAGAAAUGUCCCCACCUGAGGGCAGCCAAUGAGAAAUGGUGGCGAGCAACCACCCCCUUAGAAGUAAGAUUAAGCCAUGAUUUCUAGAAAGUCCCUAGAAGUGAGCCAAUCAGAAUUGUACCCUACUAGCACCCCUAAAUGAUGUAACCUUGUGGUUUUUGCCUUUAAAAACUGAGCUUGCAGAGAGGCGGGCACUUCCUCCAGCCUCCACUGUGUUGGAUCUGUUGGACGACAUCCCUGCCUAGGCUUGUAUUGCUUUUGGAUAUCCCAAAUUAAACCUUGCUUUUGCAUUCCAGCAUGCUCAUCUUCAGUGGUCUCUUUGGGGGUCUCCAUCUGGGCACAACCGGUGGGCAAAGGCACCUUUCACUAAAUCUGAUGACCAGUGUUCAAUCCUCAGGACCCACAUGGCAGGAGAGAAUUGACUCUCAAAAGUUGACCUCUGACCCCCAUACAUACACCAUGCUGCAUUCUCCUUAUGAAUAAAUAUAAUUUUUAAUUAAAAAUAAAACUACACUAACAGAGAAUUCUACUAAAAAAACAGCAGGAGAUUUUUUUCAAUUCUUCAGGAUGGACCAUCAUAAAAUAUGAUUCCACAAAUUUUAAAUAUUGAAACCAAGCAAUGCUUGAUCUACAGUUAUAAUGGAAUUAACCUGGAAGUUCAGAAAAUUCACAAACAAUAUGGAAAUCGACAUAUUUCUAACCAGUAAAUGCGGCAUAAAAGAAAUCAUAAGGAACAUUGACAAAAUCUGAAAUGACUGAAAAAUGAAAAUACAACAUAGAAAGUGUCUGACAUGCAAUUAAACUUAGAGGCAAGUUAUAGCAGAAAAUAACCCACAUUAAAAAAAGAUCUCAAAUCAAUAGCUCAGAUUUCUACUUUAGGACAAGACCUGUAUUCUUGGUCAGUAUAAAACCAGAUAGAUAGGUUAUAUUGAUGAUCUAGUCUCGAAAAAAGGAAUGAAAGAAAAACAUUGAAUAAUGAGAGCAUUCUAAGCACCAAUGAGCAAGAGAAAAUUAGAGUAGAUGGACUCAAUGAAUUAGAAAAUGAAAAACAGCUUAAGUGCAAAUCAGUGGAAAGAAAGGUUUAGUAUAUUGCAAUAAUCAAGAAAACUGACAAACUUGUACUCAGAUUAAUCCAGGAAAAAGAAGAUUGAAAUUUCCAAAUUAUGGAAUAAUAGAGGGGAAAUGUAACCUACUUUACAUAGAAAAGGAGACAUUAUAAGAGGACUCUCUUAUAAUCUUAUGAUCAAUUUCAAGUACACUAGUUCUAAAACCAAGAUUAAUUUUUUAAAAAUUCCUAGAAACACACUGCUAAAACUGACUAAAGAAGAAAUAGAAAAUCAGCCAGGCGGCAGUGGCACACACCUUUAAUCCCAGCACUCAGGAGGCAGAGGCAGGCGGAUCUCUAUGAGAUUGAGGCCAGUCUGGAUUACAGAAUGAGUUCCAGGAAAGGCACCAAAGCUACAGAGAAACUCUGUCUCGAAAAACGGAAAAAAAAAUAAGUCCAGCAAGUUUGUAGGACAAAGAUUGUUUUCCAAAAAUAAAAUUAAAAAAAAAUCCAGAAGUAUGAAAAGACCAUAACACUUAGAAAUUGGCUUAACUAAAGAUGUAGGAGAUUUUAUAGCAAACACUGGAGGACAUUACUGAAAGAAGUUUCAAAAGAUUUAAGUAAUUAGAAAAUAUUUGUGGACUGGAAGACUUGAUUCUGCAUAAAUAGUUGUAUGUUCAAUGGUCAGCAGUUUUAAUCCAUCUCUCAGUCAACUUUUUACAGAAAUUGCCAUGCCAACUCUAAAAUUCUUAUGAAAAUUAAAGGAAUUCAGAAAUAUAAAGACAAAGUCAAAGGAGUUAUGAUUCCUGAUUUAAAGAACUUUCUGAGUUAUAAAUUAGACAUUUGAAUAUCUGGUGUUAAUUGAUCACAUGUAAGCAAUAUAUUUUAACUACUAUAUACCAGAAGUGUUUAAUAAAAUGAUUAAAGACUUUUAUCUUUUCUUCAGUUAUGCUUAAAGUGCUUGCCUACGUAAUACUAGGGAGGAGUUCAAGUGCCAUUUAAUUCCUUGAACACUGUCCAUCUCUCUUUGUGUAUUCACAGUGAAAAAAAUGCUUCAGAUAUCAUCUUUUAUUUCAGCACUAGUGAUGUAACUGACCACAAAAGUCUUUCUCUGUAGCAGUGCACCUUACCCGACUGAGAAAUAGUUUUUAGGUGUUUAUUCCUUAUUGUCUUAGGGUUUCCAUUGCUGUGAUGAAACAUCACGACCCAAAGCAACUUGGGCAUUAUUUGGCUUGCACUUCCAGAUCACUGUUCAUCAUUGAAGGAAGUCAGGACAGGACCUAAAACAGGGCAGGAACCUGGAGGCAGUAGCUGAUGCAGAGGCCAGAGAUGCUGCUGCUAAUAAGAUGCUAAUAAUAGGCUUGCUCCCCAUGGCUAGCUCAGCCUGCUUUCUUGCUAUAGCACUCAGGACUACCAGCCCAGAGAUAGCACCACCCCACCAUGGGCUGGACCCUCUACCAUUAAUCACUCAUUAAGAACAUGCCUAACAGGCUUGUCUACAGCUAGAUCUUAUGGAAGCAUUUUCUUAAUUGAGGCCCCUUCUCUCAGAUGACUCUAGCUUGUGUCAAAAUGAUACAAAAGCACACUUACCAUAUUAAAUCUCCUUUUGUUCAGAUAUAUAUUUUCCUGAUAAAUUUGGAGAAAAAAUCCACAGCAUAACAUGAUAAGGAACCUUUCUUGAUUCUUUAUUGUAGCUUGAAACAUUCAUUGACUCUAACAUUAUUUAAAAAUACCUACACAUAGAUAUUUUAUAUACUAAGACCAGGAAUAAUUAAUCAUGUCUUACCAACAAAACCACUGAUUUCUAAGUUUGUAAGCAUUCCUCUUGGCUGGUGAUUACUUCUGAAGACAGUAAAGAAUUUUAAAGGAUAUAAUAAUAAUCGAAAACUUGGGUACAGAUCACACGACACCCCUGAUACGUACAUACACAAACCAGGGCUGAAAUUCAGAUCUACUGUAAAUUUUGUACAAAAUCGUUCACCCUUCUAAUUCUACUUGGGCAUAUAAGACAGCACGUGACACUGGGGGAAUUAUUUGUGCCAAAUCUCAUUUUCUUCAUCUAUAAAUCAUGACCAAUGCAAGGACCAACUUCACAGAGUUGAUGGAAGAGGAAAUAAUUAACAUGUAAAAUGUUGAUAAUUCUUCCCAUUUGGCAAUAUAUGUUAGUACUACUGAGAUUUUAUUUGGUUUUGGAUUACAAAAGGAACUGGAAAUAGGUGAUCUCAAAACACUUUGCCAACCUGUGGAACUAGGAAAAUAAAUUAUGGUCAAAUUUUGUUCUGAACUCUUUAAGUCUAACUAGAACCUGCUUACUAUCCUAGGAAAUUUUCUAUCUGUUCUUCUCAGAUUUGUUUUCCAUUUAUAUUUUUUAAAAGAUACAUCCUUUUUUAUUUUCUUCAGUAUUUAUUUUAUAUUUUUACUUUAUUUUAUGUCAGUGCUUAUGCAGGUAGAAAUGUGUUUGAGUGCAUUUAUUUAUUCAACUGACAUAUGAUCAAUACUUACUAUAAUUCAUGUUUUCCAAUUCCAGAAUAUGAUAGUAUGGACAUAUUUUAGCAGCAACUUAUUUAAUAUGAAUCAUAAAUUAAUCCAAUAAGUAAAUGAAAUCAGGUGCAAAAGCCUAGGAAAUCUUGCAUAAGAAAGAUAAAUGAUGCACCAUCCGAUAUACGGCCUGUAACCAUGGCCUAGUAAAAUGUUUCCCCAUGAUGCUCCAGUUUUCUUGUAUCUUUCAGGGUAAUCAAAGCAGCUACACUCACACUGAAAACUGUUGUACACCCUUCACUUUCCUCUGUUAAUAAGAUUAUGAGGAGAGGGGGAUCUCACUGUUUCAUGCUCAAAAUGUUUUAAGUCUAUACUUGCUUCCUCUUGGGGGAUUAUGAUAUCCACAAUUUAAAGGGUGUACACAAAGCUCACUAUAAAGUAAACUUCACACGUGAUAGAUUAUAUCAUAUCAAAUCAGGAACCAAAAUAAAGCUUCCUUUAAGAAUUCCUUACACAUAGGUAGCUAAGUAAGUAGAUGUAAAGCCUGGAAAGAACUGUAUGAACUUCACUUGUUUGAUUUUGUCCUGCUCUGAUCAUGAUUAUAUAUUAACUCCUGCCAUCAUUUCAAGACUCAGUUAUCUUAUUUGUUGAAAUCCUUUAAUCCCCUCUCCAGGCCAUUCUGUAACUCAAUCAUGGUUUACCUCAUUUCUAUCUAGAUUUAUUUUAUUCCACACACUAAACAUCAAACUUCUUUAUUCAACGGUUCUGCUAUUUGCACACCAGUGUAGAGAAAUAGAAACCAUCCUUAGGAAAAAAACAGAAACAAAAACAAAAACAAAAAAAACCCAAUCUCUUUCUUAGGAUGAUGUGGUAAUUACUUGAAAUUUUUGCAUCUCUAAAAAGUGCUUAUUUAUGAGAACCAAACUGGUGUAAGUGUCAUUAAGUGGAUUCAAAAUUAAGACUUUAGUUUACUUGGUUAGAUUAUGCAAAAUACAAAAGUACCGUCAAAUACCACCAAUUGACCUUUGGGAAAACUGAGUUAACUUCCUGUUUCGUGCUAAAAAUUCUUCUGACAAAUGCCCCAAAAUGAAAUAUCUUUAUCAUUUAUGCAACCUAAAAUAAGAACAACACUUGUAAACAUGAAAAAUAUUAAGCAUUUCUAUGUGUUGUUCAUUUGGAAAUUUUCAAAAGGUUUCCAACUUGAAAACACUGUCAAUUUCUCAAUAUGGACGCAGGGUGGCGCUGCAGGCUAAGGUUAUGAAUAACCGCUUAAAAAGCUUCCUGGUCCUUUGUGUCGCAAGACGGAAUAAAAAAAAAAACACGGACAGGAAACAUCAUAAAGAAUACUCGUCUCUGAAUGGGUUUGGGCUGCAGUAUACUAAAUGAACAAAGGUUCAGAGCAACUGAGUAAAGAAUUCUCCAACGGAGAAAUCAGAAUUCAGCAUUCAAGCCAUUCAGAGUCAGCUGAACAGUCUGAUACAAGCACUCCUGUUUCCACCAUGGAGAAGCUGGAGAGAAUUCACCCAAACAGGCAAGUGAUUCCUUUCCUUUUUAUGCUGCUUUGGGAUCGGGUUCUAACAGUGCCUACUCGGUACUCUAUCCUGGAAGAAACAGAUAGUGGGUCCUUUGUAGCCCAUCUGGCAAAGGAUCUAGGCCUGAGAUCUGGGGACCUGACUGCCCGGUCUGCACGGGUGGUGUCUGACUAUGACAAACAGCAGUUGAUUCUGGAUCCCGACACUGGGGAUCUGUUUCUGAGGGAGAAACUAGAUCGGGAAGAGCUUUGCGCCUCUGUGGAUCCCUGUGUGCUGCAUUUCCAGGUGUUCCUAGAAAAGCCAGUGCAAUUUUUUCAAGGAGAAUUAUUGAUCCAGGACAUAAAUGACCACUCACCAGAAUUCCCAGAUAGGGAAAUGCUCUUGAAAAUACCAGAAAACAGCCAGCCAGGCACUCUGUUACCACUGAAUUUAGCCCAGGACUUGGAUGUGGGCAGCAAUGGGCUACAGCAAUAUACAGUCAGCCCCAACUCACAUUUUCAUGUCCUCACUCGAAAUAACAGUAAAGGCAAGAAAUACCCAGAGUUGGUGCAGGACGGAGCCCUGGACAGAGAGGAACAGGCAGAGCUGAGCUUGACCCUCACAGCUCUGGAUGGUGGCUCUCCACCUAGGUCAGGAACAGCCAUGGUUCGAAUCCUGAUCCUGGAUAUCAAUGACAAUGCCCCCAAAUUUGUGAACACCCCCUAUGAGGUGCAGGUUCUGGAAAGCAGUCCCCCAGGCUCUCCAGUCCUGACUGUCCUAGCACAGGAUGCAGAUGCUGGCAACUUUGGGAGAGUUUCCUAUGGCUUGUUCCAAGCAUCAGAUGAAAUUCAACAAACCUUCUCAAUAAAUGAAGUCACAGGAGAAAUACGAUUGAGAAAGAAACUGGAUUUUGAAAAAAUUAAAUCUUACUGUGUACAAAUCGAGGCCACAGAUGGAGGAGGUCUUUCGGGGAAGGGAGAGGUGGUGAUAGAGGUGGUAGAUGUGAACGACAAUGCCCCAGAGCUGACCAUAUCUUCACUGACCAACUCAGUCCCAGAAAAUGCUCCUGAAACUGUGGUUGCUAUCUUCCGAAUACGAGAUAGAGACUCUGGAGAGAACGGGAAAAUCAUUUGUUCCAUUCCAGAUACUCUACCAUUCAUUUUAAAACCCUCUAACAAGAACUUUUACACCUUGGUGACAGAGAGCCCUCUGGACAGAGAGAGCAGAGCUGAGUACAACAUCUCCAUCACAGUCACUGACCUGGGCACACCCAGGCUCACAACCAAGCACACCAUAACAGUGCAGUUGUCCGAUGUCAACGACAAUGCUCCCACUUUCACCCAAACCUCCUACACCCUGUUUGUCCAGGAGAACAACAGCCCCGCUCUGCACAUAGGCACCAUCAGUGCCACAGACUCAGACUCAGGCUCCAAUGCACAAAUCACCUACUCUCUGUUGCCCACCCAUGACCCGCAGCUGGCCCUCGACUCGCUCAUCUCCAUCAAUGCCGACAAUGGGCAGCUGUUCGCGCUCAGGGCCCUGGACUAUGAGGCCCUGCAGGCCUUCGAGUUCCAUGUGGGCGCCACAGACCAAGGCUCUCCUGCGCUCAGCAGCCAGGCGCUGGUGCGAGUGCUGGUGCUGGACGCCAACGACAAUGCACCCUUCGUGCUCUACCCGCUGCAGAACGCCUCUGCACCCUGCACAGAGCUGCUGCCCAGGGCGGCAGAGCCAGGAUACCUGGUCACCAAGGUGGUGGCAGUGGACCGCGACUCUGGACAGAAUGCCUGGCUGUCCUUCCAGCUGCUCAAGGCCACGGAGCCCGGGCUGUUCAGCGUGUGGGCUCACAAUGGUGAGGUGCGCACUGCCAGGCUGCUGAGUGAGCGAGAUGCUCCCAAGCACAGGCUGCUGCUGCUGGUCAAGGACAAUGGAGAUCCUCCAAGGUCUGCCAGUGUCACUCUGCAUGUGCUGCUGGUGGAUGGCUUCUCUCAGCCCUACCUGCCUCUGCCAGAGGUGGCGCACGACCCCACCCAGGAUGAGGACUUGCUCACACUGUACCUGGUCAUUGCCUUGGCUUCUGUGUCUUCCAUCUUCCUCUUGUCUGUGCUGCUGUUUGUGGGGGUGAGGCUGUGCAGGAGGGCCAGGGCGGCCUCUCUGGGUGGCUGCUCUGUUCCUGAGGGACACUUUCCUGGUCACCUGGUGGAUGUCAGCGGCACUGGGACCCUGUCCCAGAGCUACCAAUAUGAGGUGUGUCUGACUGGAGACUCUGGGACUGGUGAGUUCAAAUUCCUCAAACCCAUGAUCCCUAACCUGUUGUUUCAGGAUGCUGGGAGAGAAGUUAAGGAAAGUCCCCACUGCAGAGAUAGCUUUUUAUUCAGCUAAGUGAUGUAAAUUCCUAGACAUUGUCCCAUUCUUUUAAGAAAUGAUCUUGUUUCUAAGAAGUUCUUCAUUAGUCUAACAUGCUUACAUCCUUAAUUCCGCUGUUUUUUAAUUGGUUUGAAGGUACUAGGCUUUUAGUUGUACUAAAUAUAUUUCAUAUUUUUCUCUGCAUAAGAAUAUCUCUUUGUUACUAAUACUCCCAUAACCCCAAAUAGCCCAAAUAGUAUAACAUUUUCUCUGAAUGAUACUCUUAGUGAUCUUCCAAGACAUUUUAGUGCCCUCAAGAAAACUUGCGUUUGUGUAUAAAUUUGGGAUUCUUGCCCUUUCUAUGCGAUUUUAUCUUUUCAAAGGUAGAUUGUUUAAAACGACUUAUGUUGCCUGGAUCUUUCUGCAUGAAUGGGAAGCCGCAUUAUGUCAUGUUCACUUUCAGGCUGAGUGCCCUGAAUAGUCAAGUCAUAAAAUUUAAACUGUAUGUGAAUGUACACAAGGAUUGUGACACUUUUUGUUUGUGAGCAUCAUGCAUGUUAGUGGGCCUGUUUAUUUGGUUGCAAGUGUUCUAGAAAUGCUAAAAGUUUAAGUUUUGAAUUCUAACUUGAUGAAAAUUAAAGAGAACAUAUGUGAUUUCUCAUUCCACUUAUUAAAUAAAACUGUUACAUCA